AUGUUCAAAACUAGUAACUUCAAGGAGGAACUAAUAAAAUGUGGAAAGGAUGAAGAAUGUGAAUAUAAAUCGAGGAUAAAAGUUAAAAUAGGAAACAAUCAAAGAAUACUACUUUUGUUAAAACAUUAUAAAGAUGAAUACUAUUUAAUUUUACAUCAACAAAAAUUUAUAGUAGCAUAUCCAAUGCGUUAUCAUAAAAUUGCCCCAUUCAAAUCAGAUUUUGCAUAUUCAGAAUUUUCUGGAAAGGGAUAUGGUAAUUUUGAGUUUCAAAAUCAACUUGGGAAUAGGGAUUGCUUACGUCAUAAAACUCCUAUUGAUGAAAAUACAAACAUACCAAAAUUUAAAGGGUUUAAUGAUAGGGAAUAUACAACCUGUUGUUCAUGUCUUGAUUAUCCAUAUACCGAUCCUAAAAAAAUGCCUGUAUUUCAUGGUGUACCAGAAUAUUUAGGUUUAGAUUGCAGAGAUCUUCCUCCUUCCAGAAGCGGGAAGAAAAUCGAAAGAAUCGUUUCUGUAAAAAAAACAUUACGACAUUUUCUACCUCUUUAUGCUUUAUUCAAAUUUAGUAAAGCUGUAAAAUAUUAUAUAUUUUUUAAUGUUACAAUUAUAAAAAAAGAAAAUAGUUAUUUAGAUUAUUAUAAAUUAUAUAAAGAAAAUACAAAACUAGAAAGUACGGAUUAUAAGCAUAUGUUAGAUGGACCCCCAAAAAUUUUAAAUAUAUCUGAUAAUAAAAAAAUGACUAUAUCCCAUUCUUCAAUAGCUUUUGAUAAUAUUAAUAUACCAAGUUUAGAUAACCACUAUUUAUUAUAUCCAUUUUAUCCUGAACAGUUAUAUAAUGUAAAAUAUGAUACACUAGAAUAUGGUUGUACAUAUACUACCCCGACAGAACAAUUUGAAUGCAUAGAGGCCGAUCCAAGUAAAUGUGUAUAUACUGAAUCUACCUGUUUGAAUAAUACUAUUUUAAUACCUGCAUCAUAUGUUGCAAAAAAAAAAGAUGAUUGUACAUUGAUAGGAUAUGACAAUGAGCUAAUUCAUAAAAAAGAAACAUGUCUUGAAACAGGUGGAUGUUUUCAAAAUACAAUAGAUAGUUAUCUAACUGAUUCUCAAAGAGAUAAUAAAGAAACUCAUGAAAUUAAAACAAAAUUACCAAUUAUAAAUGGAAAAUAUCCUCAUUAUAUCCAUAAAAAACAUAAAGAUUCGAAAGAACAUACAGAUAAAAGAAGUCUCACAUUUUUUCAAGACACUAGUAUAGAACAUUAUAUUGCCUAUGAAUAUCUGAAGGAAGAUAGAACUGAAUUUGUAAUAAAUAUAUCCAAUAAAUCGAGCACAAAAAAAGUUGAGCCUUUACAAAAUAAAACAGAUACCGGAUUUUUCAAACUACUAAACUGGAUUAAGCCUAAUAAUCUUAAUAAAUCUGUUUGGUACAAAAUUAAAGGAUUCAACCCUGAUCAAAAUGCUGAAGAAAAAACAGUUGAAUAUGAUGCAACCAUUUUUUAUAUAGAAACAUUAAAAGAGUUGAGAAUUAUAAAUAUAUUAUUACCUGAGGAAUGUGAUACAACACGGCCAGAAGAAUGUGGAAUCAUUGUCCACAUAUGGAAUCCAUCUAAAGAAAGUAUAACAGGACGAUUAAAAUUAAAUUGCUCAAUAAAUUUAUAUACAAAAUAUGUCGAUGAACAAAAUAUUGUAUAUGAUGAAGGUGUAUAUCAAUUUUUAUUUUUUUUUCAAGUACCUUAUGAACAACUUAAAUUAUUUCAAAGUUGUACUAUUAGUGCUUAUGGAGCUUUUAAAUUAUAUGAUACAAAAAGUUAUGCUAAAAAUAAUGAUGGAUAUAUUAGUAGAUUAUUUUAUAAUACACAAAGUGAAACUCCUGGAAUGUAUUUAUAUGCAGAUGGAAUUAAAAAAUUUACAUGUUGUCGUGAUGAUGAUAAUACUUGUAAAAUACGAAAUAUUAAAACAUGUAAAAUAUUUGAAGAUUUAAACUAUUUUAAUAUAUUUAUUUUUAUUUUAAUAUGUAUAUCUAUUAUUGUCUUUUUAAUAUAUCAUUAUAUUAAAAGGAAGAGAAGAAAUUCAGAAAAUAGAGACCUAGAAAAUCGAAUAUAA